UGGAUGGGCUCGCGCCGGCGGCACGCGCGCCUCGCGCUUCAGUCAACGGAAUACAAACGGACGUUUUUCAGAGGAGAGGACAUAACUGCUUUCUGAGGCAUGAUUGUCCCUUUCAGAGAUUUUUUGUCGGUCUCGCCUGUUGACCAUGGGAACACAAACUGACAAACGGGGUGUGGAAAAAUCGGUUAGAGGAGUCAUUCAGUGACAGCUGCUGUUCUCUGACUGACAGACCGGUGAAACGUGACGGACAGGUAAACCGCUGUACGUUUCAAAUCUAUGGCCCGGAGAAUAACGGCAACUGAAAAUAUGCAGUAACGUUAAGCAUUGUUUUUUUUUUCUGGACUUUACCGCGUUGUGGCUGAAGUAUGGGGCCGUUAUAGCCGGUAAAGCGGAGACUGGAGGUUUGUGUCUGGUUUUGUCUGCGCUCCGUCCCCUCCGGUGGACACAACUGAAGAGACUGGAGACACGGACGGAGACAGGGCUGUUUUUGUAUCGGCUGUUUCGGCUGAACCAUGGCAGCGGCAAUCGCCAGCGGUUUGAUCCGGCAGAAGCGACAAGCAAGAGAGCAACACGCCCACCGACCGACUGCUCACCGGCGGCGGAAGAGCCCCGGCAAGAAGCAGGGGCUGUGCAAUGGGAACCUGGUCGACAUCUUCUCCAAAGUCCGGAUAUUUGGAUUGAAGAAGAGGAGGCUACGGAGGCAAGAACCACAGCUGAAGGGCAUAGUGACCAGGUUGUUCUGCAGGCAGGGCUUCUAUCUCCAGAUGGGCCAGGAUGGAAGUCUGGAUGGGACCAAAGACGACAGCACUAACUCCUCUCUGUUUAACUUAAUUCCUGUGGGUCUGAGAGUCGUGGCCAUCCAAUCAGUUAAGACUGGUCUCUACAUCGCAAUGAACGGAGAGGGUCACCUUUACUCCUCGAUGUCGAGAAGGAGAGGCUUCCUAAGCAUUGGAGUCCCGGCACAGAAGUCUAACAAAAAAGGUUUCUCUAAUGGUCUGCAAGCUGAAGAGGGAAAAGGAUGGAUUCCCAGUGUCACAGGAGCAAAGGUUUCAGGAGUGUGCGGAGCAAAAGAGAUCAGAGAGGAACUGUUCACAGCAGAGUGUAAGUUUAAGGAGUCGGUGUUUGAGAACUACUAUGUGAUCUACAGCUCGAUGCUCUACAGGCAGAAAGAGUCGGGCCGGGCCUGGUUUCUUGGCCUCAAUAAAGAGGGGCAGGUCAUGAAGGGCAACAGGGUCAAAAAGACCAAACCAGCAGCACAUUUCCUGCCUAAACCCAUAGAAGUCGCGAUGUACAGAGAACCUUCGUUGCAUGAUGUAGGAGAGGCAGUACCUAAACUGGUCGGGGGCCCGCCAUCCAAAAGCACAACCACUGAACCGGUAGUCAUGAAUGGCGGCAAACCAGUCAACAAACCUGACAAGGAGGAGACAUAACCCCGCUCCCUGUUUUAACCUCCCCUGGCUGACAGGAGGCUGGCAGAAGCCACAGACUCGCCCCACUGCUGCGCUCUCAAAAAACAAAACUGCAACAAAAGGUAACAAAACAAACAACAGCUUAUUUGGCCGGCAGCGGGACCACAAGUCCAGCCUCACCGGGGCUGUAGAGACCACGCUGCAGUUGAUGGCGGGGAAAGGGGAGAGAGAAGACAGUAAAGUCAGGCUGAUGUCUGACUGAUAUUUCUGAACUGGGACAGUGGCAUGUCCUCAUAUGGGAGACAACAGAAAUCUGAAAAAAAGAAAAAAAAAUGUCGUACUCACCGGUAUUUUUCUGUGACAAUCUGUAAGAAUGAGACCCCACCCCCACCCCCUCCCUUUUCCUUUCCCAGGUUUGCUUGCUUGCCGGUGGCCACAGACACACAUACACACAGUGCAGCCUCCCCACAAAAUCGACCACUCGGAUUCGAUCUUUGAGCAAAUAAGGAACAGAUUAAAAGCAUCAGCAAACACCGGGGCGACGAGAACACCUUAAACCAAACACUGAUGAUUCAGAGGAUGCUUAGUCAUCGAUCAAUUAAGAUUUGGCACAGGACGUUCUGUACUAAGCGCAAAAGGAAAUGUGCUUGGAAAUUGCCGAAUGCAUUACAUACAAGGUAAACACGCCGGCUCACCUGUCCCUAAUUUUGAUCACAUCCUUAAUAAAUAGAGGCUUCUCAUUCGAGACCACAUAGCUUAAAGCAUGUUUGACUUUUCAGUAUUCCGUUAUUAUUUGUUUGUUAGUUAUUAUUCUGAGCACACAAAGCACUAGUGAUUAUUGAGCUACACUGUUGUACAGACAUAAAUAGGAUUUGAGUUUCUACCUCUCUGACACCCCGUUUUUUUUUGGUCCCUUUACAAAUGCUAUAAUUUCCACAUCGCUGACAUACGUGUAGCUCAGGAGAGAAGGAGGUCAGUCGACGAAUGAAAGGUUUAGGCAUCAAGUUGCUCAAAUCAGUGUGUAGCCGAGUAUUGAAAGCAGAACGAUUUAUACAAAGUCCUUGUUUGUAGCAGCACAGAGAGUAUUGGAGGCAUGCUGGUGUCUAAGCAGCAUGGUAGCAGUCAGUGUUUACAUAGAGUAGCAGAUAUAUUAGACUGGUCAGAUGGCACUCUAAGCCUGGCAGAACUUUUAUUUUUAUUUUUUCAAUUGCCUUCCCAAGUACUUGAAAAUAAAGGUAGGUAUUAGGGUAAUACUGGACAGGGUAACUGAUGUUAAAGCCACUGUGUGUAGAACUUGAACAUCUCUCACUUGACUACCCCAAGACCAGGUCUUGAUCCUGAAGUACUGCCCAUAGACAGUAUAAAAGAUGGAUGCAGAUUCUGGAUCUGAAAAAUGAAGCAAAUGCAUAAGUGCCUUAAAACCUGUAUUCUUUUUAAUAGCCAGCAGGGGGUGACUCCUCUGGCUGCAAAAGGACUUUUAGUUGUAUAGAAAUCUAUGUGAAAACUGCCCUUGGUUUCUUUGGUCUGUAACCUCUGUAAACACUUUAAUGAUGACUUCAUGGGCUGUAGUUUCUAGUUUAGUUUAGUCCAUUUUGUCACUUAUGGCCAUUUUUAGAGUUAGCAGGAUUAUUAGUUUCUUUCUCUAUCUAUCUAUCUAUCUAUCUAUCUAUCUAUCUAUCUAUCUAUCUAUCUAUCUAUCUAUCUAUCUAUCUAUCUAUCUAUCUAUCUAUCUAUCUAUCUAUCUAUCUAUCUAUCUAUCUAUCUAUCUAUCUAGCUAUCAUCUGUUCUCAAUGUUCAGCUUGAGGCUUUAAAACAAGACUUCACUAACAAGUAGGUGACGCAACAAUGGCUACAUCCAUCUUUUAUAUGCCUUUGGUAUUGCCAGGGCUCGCUUGCUUUAGUUGAGGCAUUCAAAUUCUUUGGAAAUUUUGACAAAACACACUGAGAAGUUGGUUCAAUGAAAUAAUUUGCUCAAAACCAAGCAUAAACAGUGAUACAAAAGUACUAUCAGCUAAGUAUACUUAAACCUUUAAUGGCACUUUUAAGAUCUGCUUAUCUGCAAGGGUCUGUUUAGGUCCAAGUGGCUGGAAUUCAGUCAUCAGAGGAUGAAUCCGAGGCUCUGUGCAGACAUCUAAGCACCUUCCUUUUUUGUGAUAAUACACUACGAGGGCACCAGCUACACAACAGACUCCAAGCAGUAUAAUUAAGACCAUCUACUCAUCCAUGGUUUCCACAAGCCUUCUUGUGUGAGUUAAAAAGACAAGAAAAACUCUACAUUUAUAACAUUGAGUCAAUAAACAGUGACUUAAAGUUAUUCUGAACUCACCCAAAUAGAAGAGGACUUCAGAGCGGUCCUCUUCAGUGUGCCAAUUUUAGUUUCAUAACAGAUUCUGCCUUUUCCAAGUACGAGGACACAGUCAGUCAGGGUGAAAUUAUUAUUAAUUAUUAUUCAGUUAUUAUAAAAUAAAAACACUUGUUACCAUAUUAAUUCAUAUUAGUCUGUGUGAUGUUUUGAGAUUAUUACUUCUGUCUCAAUGUUCAAGUACCGUUUUAGUUUAGUCCAAUAUUUUAGUGGUUUUUAAGCCUCAAGAACAACAGGAUAAAUCUGGGAUGUCCUAUGAUGAAUGGGAGGAUGGUGUUUGUGAAAUACUGGGUUAUUUGAUCUUGUUGAGGCAACAGUAAUUAAAUGAAUGAAGCUGAAAUCAGGCACUAACAAUUAAACGUAAAAAGCUUAUCAUGUAAUCUUUGUACUGUAAAAUAUUUAUCUUUAACUAACAGAUUCCACAUAAAUGUUGCGGAAUAAUGAGUAGAAUAUUUUCCUCUGAAAUGUUUUAACUAAUACUAAAAGUGGACCUAUUAUGCUGAUAUCAAUUUCAUAUUUCUUUUAACUUUUGGCCUCUGGUAGAGUAGCUUUGCAUGAACUACAGUUCUAAAUAUUGUUUAUUUGGAGCCCUUUAUUUAAUCCAGUUGGCUUACAGGCACACCACCUUCCCUUUAAGCUAACUUUCUUCUGAUUGGCUACCCCUUGUACACUGCAUCCAGAGCUGUGUGCUUGAGGACCUAGCCUGUCUUUGACAUCAAACAGUUCAAAGAUAUGAAAACAGGUGGAAAAACCAAGUAUUUAGAGCAGACUGAAGCCUGAGCUUUUGGCUCAUGUAUACACCAACUUCUUUAUUUUAUAUGUAUAACUGAAUAUAAGGAAACACAUAUUAAGUUCCCUUUAAGUUUAUUAAAAUAUGCAGCCUGUGAUUAGCUUCCACCUCUCGUUGCAGGUCUGUGUGUCAAAAGUUUGAUGUGUGAAGAUCCGAGCAAAUUGUGUAUCAGCUCUGCAUAAUCAGGCAGGUUGAAUGUGAUUUUUCUAGUUCUGUUGCUUUUAUACACAGUGGCUUUAAAUCAGCCUGCGCAAUGGCCUUCAAAAUCUGCGUAGUUUACUUAAAGGGUAAAACAAAACAAGAAAAAGUAGUUUCUUUAGAACACAAUGAAAACCCACUGAAAGCAAAUACCACACAUCGAUUCCAGUGUUGUAUAAAGCUGUCAUAAAAAUCAAAACACUCGAGAACUACAGUACAAGGUAAAAAAAAAAGAAAAAAAAGAAAAGAAAAUCAAAGAAAUAAAACCAAAUAGAUUCCCCUGCUUAGCCCUCUCACUGUGACUGUCAACAUGGCACCAGUCUGUUCUGGACCCGAAUCCUGUUCGGCUCCCAGCCUUACUGUUUACUCAUCUUUCUCUGACAGCAACACUAGAUGCCAAUUAACUCCUCGAGAAGUUACGCUAGUAGUUGGUCACAUUGCUGAGGAGAUACUGUGAUCUCACGCUUCAAAUUAGUGUUCGGUGACAGUGAGGCAUGCAAAUGAAUAUCUUCUGUGAGGCUCAGGAUAGCAGUGCGUCUGCUUUUAAUCGAUGAAAACAGACACUGUGCAUCUCUCUCUCUUGCUUUGAAUCCCAAUUUUGGGCAGAAUACCAACUUUGCAUUUUAAUCACGUGAUUGAACCACUGUCCUAUUUGCUGAAGCCGAACGACCUUACUGUAACUACAAAGAGACAAAACGGACUCCCAACACAAAUCAAGGCUGCGCGAUUAAUUCUAAACACCUACAUCAAACGAGCGCCAGCCAGCGGCCUCGGCAGCAGGCAGAAACACCGUGCUGGUGUAAUGUUGUCUCGCCGCAUCGUGCAGAAGAUCCGCUCUGCAACUGAAGAGACUGUGAAAACACUAGACAGCUCACAGUGUUUCUAAUUUUCAGAUUUUUUCCUCACAUACACCACAUUUUUCUCUCCUUCCCUGAUCUCAUUAGCUGUCGCCUUCCUGUUCCAGUGUGCGUGGCUGACCGGCGUUACAUAAACGUAUCCAGUCUAUGUGGUUAUGCAGGUGUGAUUUCUCAGCCCUUAAAUGCUGUUUUGAAAGAAAAACAUUCAAGGCGACCAAUUACUAAAAAAAAAAACAAAACAAACAAACAAAAAAAAAAACAAAGGGGAAAAAAAAACAAAUAAGCCAAAAGAAAAGAGAGAUACUUUUUUGUCAUGUCAUGUUUCAAACAAUAAUCUUGAUACUGAAAAUCUGCCAAAUACAUGUGCAGGUUAUGAGGGAAAAAAAAUGUUGCUAGCUGAAUGAGUGCCUCUCAUCCCCAGCUGAGAGAGCUGUGAGCUCCAGGGUGGCUGUAGAUUUGUGUUAAACCCUCAGCCUUCCAGGAAUACGCCAAGGUUUACUGAAGAUUUCCCCAAUUCUCAAAGUGGUUUGACUCCAGCUCUGUUCUGUCUAAUGUCACUUUGGAUCCUGUUGAUAAGGAAGAAGUCUUUGACUGGUGUUGUGCUCGUCUCACAUCGAAAAAAACGUGGCUGUAUCAUUUACUGACUACUCGUGUCGCACUAGGGGUUACUAGCAAAGAAAAAAAACAAAGUAAAAAUAUAAACCCUGACAAUCAGGUCUGUGAACUCCUCUUUUUAUUUCUUAAUGUGUCCUGUGUUGCGCGUGUCAAAGAAGAACCUUUUGAAAAAGCCACUUUAAUGGCGCUAUAGAGGACGAUGUUUUUGUACUUAACCAUUAGGAGAUACAACUGGUAACAAGGCUCCAGGACAGCAGCUGCUUUUCAUUGAAUUAUUGUCAAGCAGCUAAUUUGCGCUUCGCUGCUGGCAGAGGGAAAAGAUCGACUGAGCGAGGGAACCAAACCUUCCCCUAUUCAGAGAGCUUGUUAGGUUAGCAGCAGGGGUCCCAUCCUGUGAAAGCAGCUAUUAAAGAUCUAUGGGACAUGCUCAAGAAUUAAUGAUGGUCGAGGCCGGCGAAAAAUGGCCUGGUUUCCUGGCUACUGACCAAAUAUAGAGCUUCAAUAGUGUUUCCAGACUGGUAAUCACAGUUCCUGGUUCAAACAACGAAGGCGCAAUUACUGUCAGCUUCCCCCGAGAGAUUCCUCUCCGCUGGUGGUUAGCCAGGUACCAAGGCUACAGUCAUGAAAUAUCUAACAGUCGGCUCAGCACAGGAAGAGACUAUCUGAUUUAAUUAGAAGUGAGCAAUCACGAUAACCCAGGUCAUUUUUAAUUUCCACAUGCCAGUACCACUCAUGUUCUCAUGGCAGGUACACAUGUAGCCAUCUUACUUUGUCCUCCGUGAACUGUAGCUCUGAAGAAAAAAAUAAAUAAAUCAGAAGGCGCGAAACAAGACGAGACAUAACAGGGCAAAAAAGCUUUUGUGACCUGACCGCUGCAGUGCAGGUGCACUUUAGAGACACAGGAACAUGUAAUGGCUAGCACUGUACUCCUGAUGUAGCCUGUCUCCCUCAGGUUUCUUUUUUUUUUCCUAUUCUACUUUAUUCCUCUUACAAAAGACUGCCUUAUUACAUCUGAAUCUGAAAUGAGACAGUAAACGCGCUCUCCUCCCAGCUGUUUCUUUCUCUGAACGCUCUCAUCGCACACAUGCAGCAGAUAGACACUGCUCAUCCUAUUUUACUUUUCAAUUAUCCUUUGAUCCUUAAUCUUCUGUUCACUGUAACUAUGCUAGCUUUUGCUCUCUGCUUGUCCUGUAAUCAUGCAGCCAGAGAACUUAUUCCCAUCUCCUGCUUUUCUCUUCCACACACCCCACCCAGCUCCUGGUCCUCCUCCCACUCUCUCUCCGUUUGGACAGUUUCCCCACUUGUUGCAUGGUUUUCAAAAGAGGAAAGACCAUGGGGGCUAAUGCAUGUGGUAAUGUAGGAAAUGUGCUCUCAAAACAAUACAAACAUUUACAGCGUAGCACCAGUAAAGCAUUGCCUCUGGCUCAUUUCUGCCGUCUGCACUGGUCAUUUAUUCAUUUAAGCGUUUUGUGUGAUCGGUUUGCAGGGACAUCAGAGACAACUUACGAAGAAAUAUUAUUUUUUAAAAACAUUAUCCAUCACUGCAGUAUCUCUAACAUUGUUAUGCUAAUGCUAGUCUCACAUAAAAUACUUUAAGCAGAGCAUCAAUAUUUAAUUCUGUUGGCUGAGGGAAAGAAAUGCUACAAUUAUGACAUGAAAAUAAGUGCUUGUUGAAUGAGAGCCUUUUGCUUUUAAUAGUGAUGGUAGAUUAGGGAUUAGGGUAAUGUUUUUGGUAACAUUGUUCCUCAUCCAAAAGUACAAUAAUCUUCUUUGACACAAAAAUAAUAAUCAGCAGGUGUAAAAAGUCAAAAAUGUGACUCAGAAGGUCUCUUCCAUUAGCAUGCACGCAGGUUUUCUUCCUCACUCAGUGACUGGCCUGCAGUGUGCGAGUACACUGAAACUGAAGUCUGACUUUAAUGGAAAAAAAAACUUUCUUGGCCAGAAUAUUUCAUCUUGGUGUUACCUGGCACCCAGCUGGUGCUGCCUUUUCUUAAGUCACGAAGACAACAGCUUUUCAUGCAGUGACUUAAAAAAAAAAAAAAAAAACAUAUUUUAUGAACCAAUUAGUGACUAAAACACCCAGGCGUUUUCCUCUGAUAGCCUUGAAACAGCUAAUAAGAGUGUGUAUAUAAAUUUAUGUUUGGAUUCAAUGUGAGAUUUUUUUUUUUUUUUUACUGAGUUGCACAGAUUUAACACAUAAAA